UCGAUUACCUUUGACUCGGACUUUUUGUUUCAGCAGCCGCAGUACUCAGUCGUGUGUAGAAUGUGGACUGGUGCGCGGCUACUGGUACUGCUGGUGACCGCGCUCGCAACUUACGGUGAUGUUGGAGACGAGAACCAGCUGAAGGUCGGCAGGUCCAUCGACAUCUUCACCAGAUUUGGAUAUUUGAGCCUAAGCAUGAAAGUAGUGCCCCGAAACGAUUCAGACUGGAUUUUCCGAGAACCGACCAUCGAUGUCUUCAACGAAGUCUACCAAUACUCGAUCCAGCCGGAUCACUCAUCCAGAAGCCAACGGAAGGUUUUUGACGGGGAUUUUCACAUGGAAUUUUGCGACACCCUGAAACAGCUGGUUCAAGCCUACUUCCGGGACUUUAGGUUUGAGCUGCUGGAUCAGCCCUGGAAAGCGUUCACUUCCAGCUGGAGCACCGAGACUUUGGCCAGGAAUUUGGGAAUAAAUUCAUCCUUCGUGGUCAAAGAUCACUGUUAUGUGCUAGUGAGAUUGUCGCGGUUUCGCGAUGGUUGGAAACUCCAAAGGACACCGAGAAGUGAAAAUGUAGUGGGUCCAGUGCAGGAUGAGAUUGAUAACAUUAAGUUGGGUGAUGUUUCCAGUGUUCUGAUGUUUAUCAAGAAGUUUGGAUCGCAUUAUAUUCACUCGUAUGUUACUGGAAACUCAUUGUAUCAGGUGUUCGUGUUUAACAAAACCCGAUACUACCAAGUAAAGGAUGUGCUGAAGAAUCAGGGGAUUUCACGUGUUAGUGAAACUAAGCUAAAUGAGUACUUUAGUCCCUGGUAUGCCGAACAUAUGGGAGUUAUUAAGGUGGCCAGUGGGAAUAAAACAGUGGAGAAUUGGGCAACGUCCAAGCUGCGGCAUAAUUAUUUCAUCUUUACUUAUCCGACGCUGCUCAAGUCCAAAGGCGACCCUAGAUUAUUGAGUAAACUGAACAGCUUGCUGAAGAACGAGGCAAUUUUAGGAAUGGAAAUGAGGUCUUUGGGCGCGGUAAUUAAGGAGCCAUCUAAGAAGAAAUGGUUUGAAGAAGUGUUAGAUAAUUUUUUAAAGUUAUGGGAUAGCAAUUUGUAAUAGUAUUUUGUGGUUACCGAAUUAAUUAAGUGCAUUUUUUUAUUUUCCAACUUUAAAAUUAAACUCUAUGGACGGAAGCGCAUAUCAAAGCGGUGGCUUCCUGUCGAAAUGUGAUAAAAAUGUGAUAUAUUUAUAUUAGCGCUCCUACAUAGGCAAUUAUUCCAGUAUUUCAUUGCGUCAUUGUACAUAGUUUCUAUGUAGUUUAUUUUAGUGGAUUAAGUAGGUAGUUUAUUGAAAAUAAAUCAAGCUAAACGUAGUUAGUUA